AUGGCACAAUCGGCAUGUGAAAGGCAACCCCUGGAAGCGGCAGAAGAAGCAUCAUCACCGCGUAGGAGUCCUCUUCUCUUAGUGGGCUGCGGCGUGGACGAGGCCGAUGCACGUGCGCUGUACACUGAAGGUUUUCUCUUUGCUUUCCUCGAGUGCUUUCGUGAGGCGGCGUACAAGGAGAUGGGUGACCUCUCGCAGCGCUCUCCGGCGCGGCAGGUUUUGCUGCCGCCCUUGUGCAUGCAGCUAACCAAGCUUGACCUCAGCCACAACCACUGCCUCGGUGAUGCUGGCAUCCGGCAGCUGUUGAGCGCUCUUCUCUGUCUGGAAGCAACGCGUGAAGUGUCGCGCAGCACGUGGCACCCGCUCGGUUCUGCGCAGCACGCGUUUAGUGGUGUCGAAGAAAUUGUGUUACGCGAGGUUGGCUGUACGGAUGCCGUGCUGGCGGAUGUGCUGCGACUGCUGAGCUCGAACAUUAAUCGAGCCAUUCCAGGCUUGACGCGGCAGGGAAGCGUAGCACGCGAGCUUUCCGACCUCGAAGCCGUCUUUCAAGAAGAGGUGCAUCGCACUCUUCUCGACGAGGCGCGCGUCCUGGCAGGUAUCCGCGCAGAAGGGGUUCAGCAGAACACCGAGAAUGCCGAGAAUGACAGUUUCACGCCGUUCACAUACCUGCCAUCGCUAAGGCUGCUGGAUCUCUCCGAGAACUCGUUCUACUCAGCUGCCCUUAUUGGUGCUGUAAUGGCUGGGGCUGCUCUACGUGCAUCAUACGCACCUCCUCGCGCAUCCGACUCGGCGGUCACUGAGCACCACGCGGCAGAAAAACAUGGCGGCCUAGCGCCGCGUGAAAUGGGCCUGAGUGCCACUGCCGGUGAACACGGCUUCGCCUUGGGCUUGGAGGAGUGUGGGCUCGCGGACACGGCCUUGCUGCAGCUCCCACUCUCCCUUCAGCUGCUGCGAGCCGUGAUGCCAAAGUACGAGGAACCGCGCUUUUCCACAGCCUCCUGCCCUCCCACCGUUGGGCCACGGCAUCCGACCCAGCCUCAGUCGCGUAGAUGCACUUGGUUCCUGGGAGGCAACCAUCUCACCCACUUGGCGCUCCUUCGACUUCGGGAGUUCACGAAAACCCUGGCGCGGUGCACCUCCGGGGGCAUCCCGCUAUGCUCGGUUAACGCCUACGUGGAACGGAAUGCAAUACUGCAUACUGCCACCACAGUAAGGGAGAGCGAGGAAGAGGACAUGGAGGGUAGUGAGGCAGCCGCCGUGGACGCUUCUUGCCUGUCGUGGCUCGGCAUAACGGCUAUGGAGGACAACGUCCGAGGUGGUGGCAUCACCGAACGAGCCGCCUCAGGAAGCGAUGCAAAUUUUGCCAACCACUUUGUGACUCUGCACGACCUCACGGCACUGCGGGUGAGCUGGCAUCAACUUCCAUCCUUGUACAACCUCGCAGCUGUGGAGAAGGGCCGCGACCCUUGCCAGUUUCCCAUCGCGUCAAAGUCUCUCCUGCGGCGGGGGCCGCAGACCAAUGCGGCGGGGUUCAGUACCUGUCCAGUGCACCCUGUCCGCAUCAGUGCCUCUGGCGCUGUGGCUCCGGCACCCGUUGCGGGGGUCACUGCACCAGAAACGCGAAGCAGUCAAGCCUGGGCGCGCCUCUCGAGACGCACCAGUGUCGAACCCGAGCCUUCUCUUGCCUAUGCGGAUGGAUACUCUGAUGCGUUGGUCGACAGGAUGGACUGUCACGAUGACCAUGCUGCGUUGUGGGCAUCGCCAUCAUCGAUGACGGUAAGCACCAAUGCCCUCAUUGAUGCCUUGAUUGCCGAGGCGGAGCAGGUGAUGCGGGAGCGCAGUCCUUUUGUGGAGGCGGGCCGCCAACUCGCGAGUGCUGAGCUGCUCACGGGCCUGCCCUCUCCAUCACCGCUUGACACGCAUAGUGGCCUUGAGUGA